ACAACAGAGGAAAAUUUUGGAAGGCAGUGAUGGCGAUAGUGCUAAUGAUUCUGAACCAGACUUUGCAACGGGACUAAAAUGGAUGCUAAAAAGCCAAGGAAAUGCAGUUUGACAUCCUUCCCAAAUUUGAAAACAAGAAAGAAAGAAAAUCUCGCCUUUGUGAAGGUUGAGAGUAAGCCUUUGGUUCAAGCUGAGAAGCCCUCUUCCAAGAUCAAGAAUGUCAGAAUGACUCAAUUAUUGCCUAAGAGUACAAACACUGGCAUCACUUCCCUCCCUUUUGUGGAUACCAAGGGAAAGAAAAAUGUGAUUAACUUCCCAUGCAUCAGCAACAAAAUCCUGCUAAAGCCACCUCUAAUGUAUCAGGAGAAUCAAACUCACAAUCAGAUGUCAGCCUCUGAGCUCCAGGCUUCAGAAAAGCCUUUACCUUCAAGCAUUAACACCCAAGAUCCUACACCUGAGAAGGAACCACCAAGGAAACACAAGGUGCCUCUGACAGCAUCAGAGGCCCUAAAGUUUUUUAGGAACAAGUUGUCUUCUUAUGAGCAAAGUGAAAUCCUGGGCUACACAGAGCUGUGGUUCCUGGGACUUGAAGCUGAGAAGCUCCACGUGGCUCCUGAAAAAUUCACCAGGACAAGUUUUGAUGAUGAACAUGGCUCCUAUAUGAAGGUUCUGCAUGACCAUGUUGCCUAUCGCUAUGAGGUUCUGGAGAUGAUCGGGAAAGGGUCCUUUGGACAGGUGGCCAAGUGCUUGGACCACAAAAACAAUGAAUUGGUGGCCUUGAAAAUCAUCAGGAACAAGAAGAGAUUUCACCACCAGGCCUUGGUGGAGCUGAAGAUCUUGGAAGCUCUCAGAAGGAAGGACAAAGACAACACCUACAAUGUGGUGCACAUGAAGGACUUUUUCUACUUCCGCAAUCACCUCUGCAUCACCUUUGAACUCCUGGGAAUCAACUUGUAUGAGUUAAUGAAGAAUAAUAGCUUUCAAGGCUUCAGUCUGUCAAUAGUUCGACGCUUUACUCUCUCCGUUUUGAAGUGUUUGCAAAUGCUUUAUGUAGAGAAAAUUAUUCACUGUGACCUCAAGCCUGAGAAUAUAGUGUUAUACCAGAAGGGCCAAGUCUCUGUUAAAGUUAUUGACUUUGGAUCAAGCUGUUACCAACAUGAGAAAGUAUAUACCUACAUCCAAAGCCGAUUCUACCGAUCCCCAGAGGUGAUUCUGGGCCAUCCCUACAACAUGGCCAUUGACAUGUGGAGCCUGGGCUGCAUCAUGGCUGAGCUGUACACCGGCUACCCUCUGUUCCCUGGGGAGAAUGAAGUGGAGCAGCUGGCCUGCAUCAUGGAGGUACUGGGUCUGCCACCAAACCACUUCAUUCAGACUGCGUCCAGGAGACAGACGUUCUUUGAUUCCAAAGGUUUUCCUAAAAAUAUAACCAACAACAGGGGGAAAAAAAGAUACCCGGAUUCCAAGGAUCUCACGAUGGUGCUGAAAACCUACGACUCUAGCUUCCUGGACUUUCUCAGAAGGUGUUUGGUAUGGGAACCUUCUCUUCGCAUGACCCCUGACCAAGCCCUCAAGCAUGCUUGGAUUCAUGAGGCACGGAAUCUCAAACCACAGCCCAGGUUCCAGGCCCUGAAGAAACCCAAUCUCUGUUUCUCCUCUGAGACAAGAAAGGACAAGGUUCAAGGGCAUCAUCACUCGGGUAAAAAAGCAAAUGUGGUCAACAAAGAAGAGACUACAGACAAAAUAAAAGAUGACACCACAAAGCAAGUUCAGAAUUCAGGCGAUCAGCAGGACUCUCUCCAGCACACAGCUGAAGUUGUCCAGCUGCCUUAUCUAGCUGAAGCUUCCAGAAAACCAGAGGCAGUUGUCAGGCCAGAAGAGUCCAAGACCUCUACAGGGCAACAAAGCAAAAACUCCUCCCCCAAGAACCUAAAUCUUUUACCACCUAUUGUAUGAACUCUGCUGAGGGUUUGUCCUGUUCCUGUUCACCAAUGAUUUGUAUUAGAGACCGCACUUAUACUGUACAAUACUUUAGAUUGUUGUUUUUAAUGCAUAAAAGUUUGUUUAAAAAAAAAAAACUCUACUCACAUGGCCAGUUGGCAUGAUUCCUAAUAUGAGGAAUGGGAGAGGAUGUCCUUGCAUCUACAUUCCCUCCUUAUGCCCUCAACCGGAUAAAAUAAUGGGUGUGUGUGCGUGCACGCACACGUGUGUGUGUGUGUGGGGGGGGGAGUGUCGUUAAAUAUUCAUUGUUAUAUAAUCACUACUCGAAUUCUAAAUAAAAGAAACUUCUCUUUUGCCCAA